AUGUUACAUCUAAAAUUUUUAGAACUCGACCAUACACCGCUCUGCAGCUGGAUUCGUCACCACUGCAUCGCUUCACGUCCGAUGACAGCAUCGCUUAAGUACGGUUCCCAGUUUUUACUGAGGGCGGGCCUUGUGGCAAAGCCAAGAUCAAUUGGCUACCAAUACAGAACCUUUGCAUCCCAAAAUCCGAGUGAAACUAAGAAGGCUCCAGUGGACUUGCAAGUGGCAGAUAAGGAAGCACCCAAGCCACCGCUAUGGUCUAGAAUCAAACAUGAAGUUCAUCAUUAUUGGGAUGGUACCAAGCUUCUAGGCUUGGAGAUCAAAAUUGCCUCGAGAUUGUUGAUGAAGAGCGCUGCUGGUCAUCAAUUAAGUCGUCGUGAAAACCUGCAAUUGAAAAGAACUACACAAGACGUGGUGCGUUUAGUGCCGUUCUCCGCUUUCGUCUUGGUUCCUUUUGCGGAACUGCUGCUUCCCAUUGCCCUGAAGCUCUUCCCAAACAUGCUACCUUCCACUUAUGAAUCAAAGAAAGAAAAGCUCUCCAAGCUGAGCAGCUUGCGUGAGACUAGAGGUCUGGUAUCGGGCAUGAUCAAAGAGCAAAAGACUCACUUUAAACCUGGAGAUAUCACCAAUGAACAAAAGGCCGUUUUUAACAAAUUUUACACGCAUGUCCGUGCCACCGGAGAACCAGAGUCCAGACAGCAACUGAUACAUGUGGCUCGCUUGUUCACUGACGAUACGGUGCUGGAUAAUGUUACUAGACCUUAUUUGGUUGCCUUGGCCAAAUACAUCAACUUGCAGCCUUUUGGCACCGACGUUAUGUUGCGGUACCGUAUUCGGUACAAAAUGUUGGAACUAAAGAAGGACGAUUUCUCGCUUUUUUACGAAGGUGUGGGUGCUUUGGACUCCGCCGAAUUGCGUACAGCCUGUGCUUCUCGUGGUAUCCGUAACUUGAAUGUCGAAGACUCUGUGCUGCGAAACAACUUGGAAAUCUGGCUCAACAUGAGAUUGAAGGACAAGAUUCCAUCGACGUUGUUGAUCAUGGCCACCGCAUAUACAUACGGUGAUGUCAAUUCUAAGAGGACACUAUAUGAGGCUUUGUGUGACGUUCUCAGCGGCAUCCCCGAUGAGUUGUAUCAUGAAGUUAAGGUCAACGUGGUCGAAGAGGAGGCCGCUACCAAUAGCGCUAGAAUGGCACAGAUCAAAGAGCAGGAAGAAAUAAUGAGAGAAGAGGAAUCUCAAGAGAAGGGAUCCGUUGUGAGGAUUAGGGACGAAUUAAGUCUGGAUGAAAUAGACAAGCAAGAGCAGCUCUCAAAAGAAUCGACCAAAGCAAAGUAA